CUGAGUGGGGCCAGAGGGGGCUCCCUGAGGAGCUCCAGGCUCCAAGUCCCAGCCCCUCUAGGAGGAGGCGGUGGCCGUGGCUCAGCAGCCAGAGGCUUCUCAGCUCAGAGCUCCAGAGCCAGAUGUAACAUUGACCUUAAAUGGUAAAAGCUCCCCAGAGUGAAGAGAGGCUGGCCAGAGGAGGAAAGGGGAAUAACUCAGUUUUAGCCUGCGGAGCCCAGGCCUCUUGGAGCAUCUUGGGGCUGACGCCGUGGAGGUUCCGGGCACACGUGGCCACUCCCGCCAGGAGGCUGCCAUGCCCCACAUUCCCGAGGACGAGGAGCCCCCUGGAGAGCCACAGGCACCCCAGAGCCCCACCGGCCAACAGCUCUUCUGGAUACUGUUCCACUGUGUGUCAUCAAGACCCACAUCAUGACCCAAGAUUCUCCUGCUUCCCUCCUGGCCCCUUGGAAGGCCCCAGCCUCUCUGCUGCUUGCUGGCCUCCUACCAGGGGACAAAAGGGCCCUCACACUGCAGGAAUAUCUUGCAGUCCACCUCCCAUCAUCCUGACUGGGGAUGCCAGUUCACCGGAAGGAGAAACUGACAAAAACUUGGUCAACAGAGCUCACAGUCCCCACAGGAGGCUUUCUCACCGACACCUGAAGGUUUCCACUGCUUCACUGACUUCUGUGGACCCCACAGGGCACGUUAUUGACCUGGUCAAUGACCAGCUGCCAGAUAUCAGCAUCUCAGAAGAGGACAAGAAGAAAAACCUGGCGCUGCUGGAAGAAGCCAAGUUGGUGAGUGAACGAUUCCUGACCCGCCGUGGGAGGAAGUCCAGGAGCGGCCCCGGAGACUCCCUGUCAGCUGUUUCCCCGAACGUCAGCCCCGGAGCUUCUCUGAACUCCUCUCAAAGCAACUCGCUUACUGUCUCCACGCCACCUGGUUUGGAUGCAUGCAGUGACCCACAGUCCCCUUUGCCUGGAGCACCACCACAGCAGAAGGGGGAUGAGGCCGAAGUCUCUUCACCUCACUUUGGCGAACCUAAUGUCUCCAAAGGGUUAGCUGACCGGAAGCAGAAUGACCAGAGGAAAGUGUCUCAGGGCAGGCUGACUCCUCGUUCUCCCACAGUUGAGAAAUCCAAAGAGACUGCAAUUGACCAGAAGGAAAACUGCGAUCCCCUCCAAUGCCCUGAGGCCACACCCAAAGGCCCAGCUUCUGGCAUAGGCAGUGGUGGGAAAAUGGCCCUGAAUAGCCCUCAGCCUGGCCCUGGUGAAAAUGAGCUGGGAAAGGCACUUCUGAAGACAGCCAAGGAAGGCAACCCUCUGCCUAGAGGUCCAGCCCAGGGCUCUGGAGGCGUGGCUCCUCUGAGCCCCCAGGGAAAAGGUACAGCUGGAGAGCCGACAGGGUCAAAAUUUGGCUCCAAAGCAGAGUUGCGGCCCCCUGCUUCCCGGCCACCCCUACAGCGGGGGGUCUCCUGGGACAGCGGUCCUGAAGAACCUGGCCCCCGGCUGCAGAAAGUGCUUGCCAAGCUGCCUUUGGCAGAGGAAGAGAAGCGUUUUUCAGGCAAAGCUGGCAGCAAGUUGGCCAAGGCACCCGGACUCAAAGACUUCCAGAUACAAGUGCAGCCAGUACGGAUGCAAAAACUGUCUAAGCUCCGUGAGGAGCACAUCCUGAUAAGAAAUCAGAACUUAGUGGGGCUCAAGCUUCCAGAACUUAGUGAAGCAGCUGAGCAGGAAAAAGGGCUCCCUUCUGAACUCUCCUCAGCUAUUGAGGAAGAAGAACCAAAGUCUGGCUUGGAUGUCAUGCCUAAUAUUUCUGACAUGCUGCUGCGCAAACUGCGGGUCCACAGGUCUCUUCCUGGAAGUGCCCCUCCACUCACCGAAAAGGAAGUUGAGAAUGUGUUUGUACAACUCUCCUUGGCCUUUAGAAAUGACAGCUACACUCUGGAAUCUAGAAUUAACCAGGCUGAAAGGGAACGCAACCUAACAGAGGAGAACACAGAGAAGGAACUGGAAAACUUCAAAGCUUCCAUUACGUCCUCAGCUUCACUAUGGCACCACUGUGAGCACCGAGAGACCUACCAGAAGCUGCUGGAGGAUAUUGCUGUCUUGCACCGCUUGGCUGCACGCCUCUCCAGCCGAGCUGAGAUGGUGGGGGCUGUCCGCCAGGAAAAGCGCAUGUCAAAGGCAACAGAGGUAAUGAUGCAGUAUGUGGAGAAUCUGAAGAGAACGUAUGAGAAAGACCAUGCAGAGCUCAUGGAGUUUAAAAAACUUGCAAAUCAGAACCCAAGCCGCAGCUGUGGCUCCUCUGAAGACGGGGUGCCUCGAACAGCACGAUCCAUGUCCCUCACACUGGGAAAGAACAUGCCCCGCCGGAGGGUCAGUGUUGCAGUGGUUCCCAAGUUCAAUGCCCUGAACAUUGCCAGCCAAACUCCCAGCUCAUCACCCAUCCACUCUUUACCAGCCAUGUCAGAAUCACCCAAUGGGAAAGGCAACCUACCGGUCACCUCAGCACUGCCUGUACUUUUGGAAAAUGGAAAGACAAAUGGGGACCCAGAUUGUGAAGCCUCUGCUCCCAUGCCGACUUUGAGUUGCCUGGAAGAGAUUAGCCAGGAGACCAAGGCCAGGAUGGAGGAAGAAGCAUACAACAAGGGAUACCAGGAAGGUCUAAAGAAGACCCAAGAGCUUCAAGACCUGAAGGAGGAGGGGGAAGAACAGAAGGGUGAAAGCCCUGAAGAAGCUGAAGAGGCAGAAGAAACUGAGGAAGAGGAAAAGGACCAAAGAAGCAGCAAACUUGAAGAAUUGGUUCAUUUCUUACAAGUCAUGUAUCCCAAACUGUGUCAGCACUGGCAAGUCAUCUGGAUGAUGGCCACAGUGAUGCUGGUCUUGACUGUUGUACUGGGACUCUACAGUUCCUAUAACUCUUGUGUGGAACAGGCUGAUGGGCCUCUUGGGAGAUCCACUUGCUCAGCAGCCCAGAGGGACUCAUGGUGGAGCUCAGGACUCCAGCAUGAGCAACCUGCAGAGCAGUAGGAAACCUGACACCCAGUCGGUGCCCUGCUCCAGCACACAGCUGACUACCCUUUCCCCAAGCAUAGAGUUUCAGGUCGGGUGUGGGUAUGCUGCCACUAACCCAUCAGGAAAUGAGCAGGGUUCUUUCACACUCAGCACCCAUGUGGGAGCUAUGCAUACACAAAAACUGAUGUUCUCAGAAGAUCAACCAAACUGCCCUCGUAAAGCAUCUUGUGGAUUAAGUCACCUUUACCAAGGAACUCAAACAGAAGGGAAAGUCAUGUGCCCCUAGCUCAGAUGGCUAGGGAAAAUAAAACACCUUCACUGCAGAGGAUAGUAAGAAGCUCCCUCUCCCUCCCCUUUUUUCCUCUCUGCAGUCAGAAAUCAAGAAGAAUUAAUUAUGCCCACAGGCUAACACUCACCCUGAUGAUCAGCCCUAGAAUUUGGAGUCACAACAUGAAUAUCAUCCCAUUUCCUAUCUCAUCCUCACUGACUCUCCUCCAGCCUCCCCUUCUCCCCUUUGGAACCAGAGUUUCUCUUUACAGAAGUAGGAAAGGUUUCUCAGAAAAAUAGUUAGGCUGAAUUUAGACCAGUGCUUAAAAUGAAAUGGGAAGAUAUGAGUUAAUAUAUAUACAUCUGUAUACACACACAACACAUACAUACAUACACACAGCAUGCAUGUGCAUGAAGUCAACAACCCUCCAAAUAUGUGCUCUCAGUGUGUGUUCUGUAUAAAGCCAACCCACAGAAUUUUCACUAGGUGUGGGGCAGUCACUAGGCACCUGUUCAAUGAGCUCUCCACAUGGAUUUAAGAUGUUUGAAAAACACUGAAAACUCAUGAUUUCAACAGUGAACUUGCUGGUCUCCAUUUCAAGUGCUAAUUCUAAAUUGUUGUAUAACACAGUCUAUUCCCUAUUUGUCCUCUCCUAUUGAGAGCAGUUAACCCACCCUCUCAAGUGAAGGAGGAGACAUGGUAUGCUUUCAGCUCCUGUGUGCCCACAUGCAAAUGUGCAGUCUCACCUAAGUGCUUUAGUUUAAACGGGAUUUCCAACCCAAGUAUAUUUCAGAGCAUUCCCAACUGUUUAGCAUAAAACUGAAGGAGCACAUCCCAUCUCCAAUUUGACUUCUUGCUCCACCUUUACAGCCAUUUUUUUCAUUCAUCCCUCAUCUGUUGUGUGUGUAGGGGGGUGGUGUUGGUUUCUUGUGG